UGCUUUUCUUUCGAAAUGGCAGUUUCUUCGCUCAGCAAAAUGGAGGCGGCAACUGAGCAAGAUUUUACUAUAUAUGCUGUAGAGGAAGCAUGUGGGAAGCGUCACACCCUCCUUCAAGCUCCACAUGCUCUGCCAGGCAGUUUGUCUUCAAAUGAAACCAUACAGCCUCAUGAUGUGUUCAACAUACUUAUGGCAGAUGUAUCUGGUUCCAUGUCAUCAUAUUGGAAAGAAGUGGUCACCGGUUGGCAAAAUCACAUUAAGGAUAAGCUGACUGGUCUCACGAAAAUCUUCGUGUUUGGAAGUAAUGUUCAGAUGCGUCGAAUUGGCACAGAUCUCUACAACGAAGAUUUUGUAGGGUCUGGUACAGAUCUGACCACUGCUUUGAGAACUGUUCGACAUGAAGUGGAAGACUGUUCUAAAAAGAUUAUACGUGUGUUCAUCAUCACAGAUGGUCAACAUGGACAUGGUGAACCCCUUCCAGACACUGAAAUCAAUCUCAUGAAGGCUCCAGCAGGGAAAACAGUCAGUGUUUUUCUGUUAGGUAUUAGUGCAUAUUUUCCUGUGGAGUAUAGUAUCAGCAUACGUUCAUAUUUACAUAAUGGAAAUGCUAAUAUGCCAUCCCUUUUUUGGGCUAAGGAUGAAUCCGAGAUUGUAGAGGAAAUAGAAAAUAUUGGCAAUGAACUAAAUGCUGGCCUUGUAACUCUAACCCUAAAUCAUCAGGGUUAUAUCCUCCCAGGCUUAAGCAAGACAUCCAUAAUUCAUCUUGGGGAAUGGCUGUUUUAUGAUGAAGCUCCAGAAGAUCUCCCUCCACUUACUGUAAGAAUGAAUGAAGAAGAACAGCCAUUACCUGUUACACACAAAGAUAUGAGUGUACAUCAGCUCUUGGACAGCACCUUCCGCCAGUGGAAUUCUGUGCUAAUUCAGCAACAUAGAAAAAAGGAGCAUGUCCCUCUUGAAACCUUUGAUCUUAUGGAUUCUCUUUUUAAUAAAUACUUUGAAGACCUUAAAGCAGGUUUAGUUGAUGGCAAUGAUAUUCAAGCUCGAAUUUUGAACAAAAGAAUAAAGGGCUGCAAGACAGAAUAUGCAACUUUAAUGAAUCAAAGUAAAACCAUUAUUGGCAUUGAGGGAAAGUAUCAGACUGAGAUAGAACUAGCAGAGAGUAUCUUGAAGACCACAGUUACUUCAAGAAAAUAUGAUACAAGGAAUCUGAAGUUGAAAGGUCAUGGCCAAGAUAAUUAUGAGGCUGAUGUUAAGGCUUUUAGACAGCUUUAUGAAAGAUUGAAGGACCAGAUUCAGGCAUUACCUCCUGAUGAAUGUUGCAGAAUAUUUUUAACCUCUACUCUGCAGGAUUUGAAGGAUCCAAAUUUUACUAUGGUGCUUGAAGAAAAUAAGUUUGAGUUGUUGAAAACUUUUGCUAUAACAGGUAUACCUGUUUAUGCUCCCAUCCGCGAUGCCUCACAGAUCAAUCCAUGGACAAUGGUUAUAAAACAUAUACUUGUUUCUCCAUACACAAUUCUUAGUCAGCAAACUCUGGAAGCUUCUGCUGAUAUCAGUCAAAAUGUUAUGAGCUCAGAAGAUAAAGAUAUUUUACUGAAGCAAGAUGACGAAAAGUCUCGUUUCAAUAUCAUUGUGCCUAUUGUGCCAGCACAUGCUGCUGAAGUUUUGAAACCCCUAGUGCAGUCCAAUUUAUAUGCCAUGAUGGCCACAUUCUGCAUUCUUAAAAAUCCGCACAUAAUAGACUAUGAUGCUCAUCUAGCAGCCCUCGGUUGUACUUGGAUGAGGACUGUUCGGGAGUUUCCAAUAUCGAGUCGACCAGAGUAUGCCAGUGACCGAUUGCAAAACAUUGCCUCCACAGCAAAUAUAUAUAUGAACCGCCCUGGGGUGAAUCGCUAUGUCAAUGCCCUUUUGAAUAAUCCCAAACAAGCCCUUAUGACAGAGAGCAAAGAUGAAUUUGAUGGCCGCACUCUUAAAUGUGAAUCUCUUAUCAAGCCAUUAUUCUUUCUGGGUCUGAAUAAAGACAAAAUCUCGAUGAGUCAAGCAGAGAACAUUUUGAGGCUGGUGUUAGAGGAAUUCAUUGGACGCUGUCUUUGCAACUAUAAACUUGAUGAUGCAGAAGCUACACCCUUCACUGAUUUCUUUGCUCCUGAACUUAAAGAUCCGGAGAAGAAGAAGGCAUUGCUGGACCAGUAUUACCAGGGUGUUGUUGGAGAGUUUGAAUUGUCCCAAGGUGAUCUUCUCGAAACAUUCUAUAGUCUUGAUGACUUGAGAGCUAGCAUCAAUAAGUUUGUUGCUCAGAAAAUGUCUUCAUUAUCUGAUCAAAUUCUGAAGGAAAUAAAGAUUCGGUUGGCCAUGGAAAAGAUUAAAAACCUAAGGAAUUUUGGGAGCUGUGGCGACAUUAUGUGGCCAUCCUUUAAAUGUUGGGCAGAUGAGAUGGGGAUGACGGAGGAAGCCAAAACUCUAGCCUUCAGCGAAAAGCAGAUUCAGGUGUAUGUGUACCAUGCUUUGAUGCACAGAAACUCCCGUGAAAGACUCUCGGAAGAUCCCCCAACACAAGAAGCAGCCCUUGAGCUAAUCAGGAAGAAGAUUGCUCAGGAAAAUUCCCGCAAUCUCAGGUCUACUUUGACAAAGGAGACCGAGGAGUACACAGUGCAGAAGUGGCGAAAGAUAUACAUGGAAGCCCACAGCCCUUUGGUGAUGCCAAUGACACGGCAGGAAGUUGUGGAUUCUGCUCAAGCCAGGGGAGUUCAAGUUACAUUAGAAAACUUCAGUAACACAUACAGAUAUGAUGAGAGGCUGCUUCUAGUACGUAAUGCCUGUCAGAUCCCACGUUGCCCCCAUUUCCUGCAUCCCCACAGGAACUUCAACCAGCACUUGUCCAUUGAGCGAGAGAGACCCAACUUUCCUCACGCUCUGCACAUAGUAUCAUAUGAAUUUAAAGGUGGGGAUGUGGAGACUGUCGUAGAAAGGUUGGCCUCUGGAAAUUAUGCAGGAACAAAGAACCGACAUAAUCCACCUCCUCCAGAACCUGCAUCUCUCGCAAGCCUUAAAGAGGAAAUGACAGAAUUGCUAAGUAGAUAUGAAAAACUGUAGUCACAUUAUUAAUGUUAACUUAUUUCUGUUAUUUUUAAUAUCAAUGCUGUUAUGAUGAUGAUUGAAUUUAUAAUUAUUGUGUUACAGCCAACUUCUGAACAAUCAGAAUUCCAAUGUGCAUCCUCUCUCCAUAAUUGUUUCUAUAGUUUACAUGAAUCAUCAAACUCAUUAAGCAGCUGUGUAGAGAAAUAAAGCUUAGAAUACCAUAUUCACUCAGCUAAUCACGUCACAAAAUGCUUCUCCAGAUUGAAAGACUUCAGAGUAGGAGAAAUAGGUCACCAUUUGUUGUUAUGUUUCACAAAAUAUUUUUAAUGCUCAAAAGUUUUGAAACUAGAAGUGAGAAAUAAGUAAUAAGUAAUCCUUUCUUUUAUUUUUUCCCUUUAUCAUAGAAGUUUGCUUAAACUUGUGGAACAAUCCUUUCUUGCUCUUAUAAAAAAGGAAGAAAAAAGAAUUGCAUAUUUAGUAACAAAAUCAUUCCAUUUUUUAAGUUACCCAUAUAUUUUUUAAUAUGAGGUACAUGGUUUAGCCAUUCCUUGAGAAUGUUAGCUAAUUGUUAAAUGAAAUUCAACAAGAAGGAAUACAUGGCCUCUAAUUUCUAACAUAUAAAAUAAAAAGAUAAAAAG